AGGCUUUGCACCUCUGUAUUAAUUAACUGAGCUUGUAUUUGACAACUCCUCCUCUUGCCUUUCACAAUCCUGACCAGUCAGAUCAUAAAGAUAACUGUGAAGUUCUGCAAAAUUGGAAACAGUGUGUUGGACAACAAACAGGAAGGAGAAGAAAGCACAAGAACGUUUUGGAGAAAAAUCUUGGUCAACAUGCCUCUGAACGCUGGAGCAGAGGCGGGUUACGGCAGCGUACCGGGCGCCGGGCUGCCGGGCGGUGAGGGAGCCUCGGAGACGGAUCCGCUGCUCGCCCCGGACUCUGUCUAUGAGUGGCAGCCUAUGAACAAGCAGCAGCUGCAGGCGGCCGCUGGAGGGUCAGGCUGGAAGGCUGUACGUUGUUACCUAGUGCUGCUCUUCUGGCUCGCCUGGAUAGCCAUGCUGGCGGUCGCUGUUGCCAUCGUGGUCGUGAGCCCGAAACCGGUUCCCACGUCACUGAGAUGGUGGCAGAAAUGUCUGUUUUACCACAUUAAGCUUGAGAUGAGCUCGGACCUGCAGGCUGAGAGGUCAGAGGGCAUCAAUGAAGCAUGUGAGCGCCUCCCCUACCUCAGGUCUUUGGGUGUAGGAGCUCUAAUCCUGCAGGGUGCGUUUCAUGAAAAUUCAUCUCCAGAAAAUCUCACUGAAAACCUAGAAACAAAGGCUCAGGUUCAACAUCUGCUUGCAGAAAGUAAAAAAUCAGAUCUAAGAGUGGUGUUGGACAUAUGUGAAGUGAAUCUGCCAGGGCGGUCGGAGAUGUUUAGAAACUUAAACACCUCAUCAAACUGUUCAGCUACUGAUGUUUUAAGGUUCUGGUUGGAUGAAGGUGUUGCAGGAUUUGUUAUCUGCGACACUGAUUCAGCAUAUUCAGUAGAGACACUACUAGAAUGGAGAGGAGUGUUUGAGGAAUUCAGUACUCCGCAGGAUGAAAGGAUAUUGUUGCUAAGACAGACGUUAGAUGUUCUGCAUCCACUGAAUGUCUCGACUCAAAGCAAUGGCACGCUGGUAGAUGUGGUCCUCAAGACCAUCUUGCCAAAGUCACAGCAGCCUCUGUCUUCUGAGGAAGUAGCUGAAGCUAUAGAGACGAAGUUGCAAACGUGGCAGGAUGACGUCUGGAUCAGCUGGACUGUUGGAGGUGAAGUAUCUGAUGAGCUGAAGAGGUUAGUCCUGGUGCUAAUGAUGACUCUACCAGGAUCACCUGCUUUCAAAUAUAAGGAGAUGGAGCAAACCUUGGAUGAGAAACACUCCGAUGUUGCCCUUUUUUCUACACUCAGCCACUCCAAAUCCAGAGAAGAAGCCCUCCUUUUUGGCAGCUUAAGCUUCCUCCCCUUUAAUACAACCACCAACUUUUCCUCAAGCUCACUUUCCAACUCCUCUGUUUCCUCCCCUCCCAUCUUGGCCUUCUUGCGCUCCUGGGGUUGUGUGCAGUUUCUUGUUCUGCUCAAUGUCUGGCCUGAGCCUCAAUCCUUGGACCCAUCCUGGGCUGCCAGCCUGCCUGAAAAGGGGGUCUAUGUGGCUAGCACAGGAAUGAACCACAUGGGGUCGACCUCUCUGUACUCUGUCAAACUGCUGCCUUACGAAGCUCUAGUCAUCAAGCUGUUUAGACCAGGAGGAUAUUCGUAGCACUUUAGCAGUGUUGAGAUAAAAUGAUCAGGAAUGCCGUCAUGGGCAAAUGGAGGAUUUUUAAACUUCUGGAACAAGUGCUGUGGUAUCUGCGUCAUGUUGAGUGUCUACUGUAGUUGUUUCUUCACCUCCUAAAGUUAAUCUAUUAAUGACUUAUUUAUAAAAAAAGAUUGAGGAAGUCAAAGAAGUAAAUGUCAUGUGAAUAUUUUUGUGCAUGUAAACACAGCUAUGCUGAUAGUUCUCAUGGAAAUAAACUCUGUGCAUAUUUCUAAGAAAAAAAAAAAAAAAAAAACGGGGUCGCAUUCAGCUCUUUUGGUGGUCUGAGAUUAGUGCAAGCAACCAAGAAAAGAUCUUGCCAAACCUGAAAUCAUGACGUGUGAAUUAAUAUGCAGGUCUAUGAAUCAUAGUAAUCAUACUUCAGUAUUGUUUGAAAUAUUGCUGAAUGUUUUCAUUUGGCUUUAGAUCAGAGUUUAUCUCCCUCAGCUAGUUUUAACAAAUCACAUCCUUCCAUAUUUGACUUAGAUAUAACUACUUCUAAUCCUCAAUGUGAUGUUGGUCACCAAUUAAAUUCUUGCAACUGAUUUGUGUUUUUUUUUUUUUUUUCUACCCAUCUCUAUUUUGUCUAAAGGUAAAAUACAAACCCUGCAAAAGUCCAUUAAAGCAAAUUAAGUGGAAGAGGAAAACAUAACUUUCUUUUGGUAUUUAAUUUCCCUUCCCCUAAUGUAACUCUACAGCAUGAUGCUGCCAUUACCAUGUGCCAUAAGAAUAUAGGCCUAUAUAACUUGCUCCUCCUGACAGUACCUUAACUCUUAGAAUGGUUCAUUUUAGCUUCAUUUGACCAGUGCACAUAUUUCCUACAUAACUCUAAUCUUCCGAAAAAUAUGAGGUCUUCACCUAAUGGCUCUAUUUAUACUGGGAUUAAGCUGCAAACAGCGAAUAUGUUUACUAAUCGGUUGGCUCCUAAUGGGUUUCAUAAUAAAAAGAUUGAAAACAAUCACAUAUUUUUACCCAUUUAGUUCAGAAUUAUGUGCCAUUUUGACUUUACUUCAAGAAAAUGCAAAGAAACUUCUGUAAAGAAUUUAGCAUGGGAUUCUAUUAUUUAUGAGCCCCUCUGAUUCACAACUUUAGACUUCAUGUCUACAUUGGUUUACCACUUGGUGGUGCUACAGCUCUACCAGCUACCUCUGCAUGGGCAACACAAUGUGAUGUAUUUGAAGGAGAUACUGUCAAGUUUAACAGUUCUUUUGUUAUGUUACUGAUCUGAUGUUUAGGACAAGAUUGCAUUAGUUAAAAGAUGAGGUGUAGAGUGUUUGACUUUUUAAGAAUUCCUG